GAGCACCCUGCUGUAAGCCAACACCUGAAUCUUGCUCUCUCCACAGAAAGCCAGCCGACCUGCACAACCUAGCCCCUGGCACGCACCCGCCCUUCCUGACCUUCAACGGGGAAGUGAAGACAGAUGUCAAUAAGAUUGAGGAGUUCCUGGAGGAGACCUUGACCCCUGAAAAGUACCCCAAACUGGCUGCAAAACACCGGGAAUCCAACACAGCGGGCAUUGACAUCUUUUCCAAGUUCUCUGCCUACAUCAAAAACACCAAGCAGCAGAACAAUGCCGGUGAGUGACUCCCUUCCACCAA